UCAUUUGAUGGAGGGAGAAACAAAGUAGAAAAGAGUUGAGAUGUGAUCACGACUUUAAAAUGGGUAAAGUAUUUUGAGACAUCUCGAAUAGCAAGUUGAGUAUGUAUUUUGAUUCGAUGUCUGGAGGAGUAUAACUUUAGGUUUUUGUAUAAAUAAUUGACUCCUUUUCUAAAAUAGUAAUGAUUUGAAAACAUGUGGUGUUUUCAAAUGAAGCACUAACCUAAUGAAAGUAAUAAAAUUUUCCGUGUAAAUAUUUUUUACACUUGCCCUUGCCCUUGCCCUUGCCUUUAUAUUAAGAAGCGAUCCAUGUGAAGACAAUAUAAAUAAUAUGGUGAAAUUUUAUUUUUGUAAUUUCAAAAUCAUGUUUUAUCCUCUAUUAGAGUGGUGAUAUCUUCAAAAUUAUAGCUGUUAGAAAUAUUGGGAAAUAUCUUCUUUGAAAAAUUCUCUACCCCUUAAUUAUGAGGUUUAUCAAAUUAGUAAUUAUGGAAAAAAAUUCUAUGUAAAGUUAAUGCCAUAGGUAUUUUUUUCAAACCAAUCAUAUACUUAGAUAAUGAUAAAAAGGAUACGCAAUGAUGUUGUGUUCUAAGUAGGUAAUAACCCUUUUCUUAAAGCACAAAAAGACAAAUAAUAAGGUUCAUAGAACUCCUAAACCUAAUUAGGGAAAUUCUUGUUAUCAGAAGAAGCCAUAUUAGCCUAUUGUAAUUGAAAUUAAAAAAUAGUGAAGAAUGAAACAACUAAACUCUUUGUCCUAAAGUAUGUGUUUAAUGCUGUUGUAGUGGGUAUGAUACUCCUUAUAAGUUAUAGUGGGUGCAAGUGACUAUUGUAGGUCCACAUAAUUUCACUCUUUUUGCUGACCACAGAAUUAUUAAAUAUGCAGUGUCUACCUAAAGCUUGUAAAGCACUCACCCCAUGCUUCAUUCCACUCAGGAUAAUGUGGGAAAUGUUUGCUGUAAUAAUAAUAUUGGUAUAUAAAUAUAUCCUUUAAUUCUUUUUGGGGAAGGUUGGUAGUCACAUAUUUCAUUAUAUAUAUAUACAUUAUAUGUAAUUUUCAAAUAAAUAAAGUAUAACACAUUCAUUAUUUAUUUCUUGAUGGAAUAUUAGAAAAUCCAGUUGUAAAUCAGUUAUUAGUUCGGAAAGGUGACAAAUAUUUAUUGACAUCCAAUUCGUAUAUGAGACUGCUAUUUUUGCGCGAUUAUAUAUAUACAUAUAUUUGGAUAAUAUUAGGUGUGCAAAAGUAGAAUUCUAUUUUUAUUUCUUUUUGAAAGGGAAAGUAGAAUUGUUUUUGAGAAUCUAGUUUCAAUGCUUAUCUAUGAGAAUCAUAAUUUUGGCUAAGAGCAGAAAGUAACAUCAUAAUCUGGUUCUCAUUGCCAUGUUAAGUCAUAAAUGUUUUUGAGCAUUUAGAUCUCAAAUCAUGAAUAUCAAGAUUAUUAUGAUUAGGAUUAAGGUACUCAAACUAAUAUUGUACUGCACUAAUUAUUUUUCUAUCAUUUAUUUUUCUUCCCACAGCAGUAAGCUUUUUUUAAUUCACCCUAUUAAGAGAGAUAUGGGGUCCCACAAUAGUGUCCUUUUUCAAUCACCUAGAUUGAGGACAAACAUUACACAUUAGCCAUUGCCGUAGGAGCAUCAAAAUUCGUCAAUCACGGACUUUCUUGACAAAAUGUUGUUCCCUUUUCCACACAAAGUUAGUUUUGGCAGAAAAAUUAGUUAGUAGUAGUAGUUUUACUGACUGUCAUAUCUUCAAGCACAAAAUCACAUACUAUAUACACUCAACAAACUCUUGCAACACUACUUUUAAGUCCUAGAGCCAUGUCUUCACCGACACCGGCUGCAUCACCGGAAUCCGAUGCCGGAGAUUCAGCAUUACCACCUGAACUACCAACGCCGUCGCCAGAAAAUGAAGAAAUUACUCCUCCACCAGCACCAGCUAUCACACUACCAAUAUCAAUACCUUCACUACUUCCACCAGUGGUUCCACCCCCAUUACCAAUAGUAGUAGUAGGAACUACCCCAUCUCCAACUUCUCCAAUUCUUUCUCCUCCUCUUUCUACACCUGCAUUAGCUCCUGUAUCUCAGCCUCAACCACCUUUGAGUACACCAUCACCCAUAACAAAGAAUAUCCCACCACCAGAACAAGCAAGUCCACCAAAUAUUAUCUCUUCACCACCUAGUGUUCCAGUUAUUAUAAAUACACCACCACCUAUAACAAAGGAUAUCCCACCACCAGAGCAAACAAGCCCACCAAAUGUUGUCUCUGCACCACCUAGUAUACCAAUUAGUAUAAAAGCACCACCACCUAGUAGUAGCAGAAGUAGUGACCCAAUUAUUCCAUACUCACCACCAUCACCACCAGAACAUCCGCGACAGCCCAAAACACGGCCUGCAACUCAACCGAGCCCAUCUCAUCCAGGCCGAUCACGGCCCAAAACUACUCCUGCUACAGCUAGGCCACGGUCACAUCUUCCUACUUCUGUAGCUAGACCACCAUCUCAACUAGACCCAUCAAAGCCCAAAAUUACUCCUACAAUACCAACACCACCAUCACCUCUUCCUACUUCAGCUGUUCUUCCUUCGUCGCCACCUUUACCUUUGCCAGUCCCACAAUCGCCAGGUGGUGGCGCUUGGAUUCCUUUCUCGACGGAGACACCUGCACCACUUCCUGUACUUCCAGGACCACCUGGGACGUUGAGUUCCCCUGCAGCUCCCCUGCAUGGUAGUACUAGUGGAGCCUCAACAUUAUCAUCAUCAAGUGAUCAUCAGAACAUUCAGGCUGCUGCUGUUACACCCAAGGGAUCUAAUAAUGGGGCUAAUGGGUUUGUGGUUGGACUGGCUGUUGGAGGAGUUUUGCUUCUGCUUCUUGGAGCAGUUAUUGGCACUUUGCUUGUCUUUUGUAAGAGGAGAGGGAAGAAGAAGUUUGGUGAUUAUGGAUCAGGAAGCAAGCAUGCAACAUUGUUUACUGGAAUUGAAGAGAAAAGUUCCCUACCCCAAUACACAAAGCAGGGUUCUAGUAACACUCAAGGAGUCGAGAGUAUAGUUGAUGUAAGUACUGCUAAGGGACGAAACAUGGCUGCCAAUGGGAAUCUUCCAGCAAUUGUGGGUCCCAUCCUUGGGAGUGGAGGUCCCCUCUCAAAUGGCACUUUCACUUAUGAAGAGUUAACUAGGGCCACCAGUGGGUUCUCGGAGCAAAAUCUGCUUGGGCAAGGCGGUUUUGGGUAUGUUUACAAAGGGGUCCUUCCAAAUGGGAAGGAAGUUGCAGUGAAGCAGCUGAAGAUGGGAGGCCAUCAAGGAGAAAGAGAGUUUAUGUCUGAGGUUGAGACAAUUAGCCAGGUUCAUCAUAAGCAUCUUGUUUCCUUGGUUGGGUAUUGCGUUUCUGGUAUUGAGAGAUUGCUUGUAUAUGACUUUGUUCCCAACGAUACAUUGGAAUUCCACUUACAUGGAAAAGAGCAGCCUACUAUGGAUUGGCCUACUAGAUUGAAGAUAGCGAUUGGCUCUGGAAAAGGACUAGCAUAUCUACAUGAAGAUUGUAGUCCUUCCAUCAUUCAUCGAGAUAUCAAGGCCGCUAAUAUCCUCCUCGAGUUCAACUUUGAGGCAAAAGUUUCUGACUUUGGACUGGCAAAAAUUUUCUCUAGUAAUCCUUCUGUUACCCACAUGACAACUCGAGUUGUGGGAACUUUUGGGUAUUUGGCUCCAGAAUAUGCAUCAAGUGGUAAAGUCACUGAUAAGUCUGAUGUAUAUUCUUAUGGAGUCAUGCUCCUUGAGCUUAUUACUGGACGCCCACCCAUCAGCAACUUUGGAUCUGCGACAUGUACAAGCUUGGUUAAUUGGGCUCGACCCCUGCUGGCACAAGCUAUAGGGGAUGGAAAUUUUGAUACUUUAACCGACCCAGAAUUACAGAAUAAUUAUAAUGUUGAUGAAAUGGCUAGUAUGGUGGCCUGUGCUGCUGCUUGUGUUCGUCUCUCAGCAUGGCGUAGGCCAAGAAUGAGCCAGGUGGUACGUGCCUUAGAAGGAGACCUCUCGGUUUCAGAGCUUGAUGAUGGAAUGAGACCAGGACAAAGCUCGAUGCAUUUUCCCUACGAAAGUUUAGAUUUUAAUGCGCGAACCUACAUGGAAGAUCUGAAGCGAAUGGCAAUGACAAACAAUAAUGGUAAUACAACUACUACUAGUAGGUAUAGUGACAAUACUAGUGAGUAUGGUCUUCACCCCUCUGCCUCAAGCACUGAUACUAGCCUACCCAAUAACUCAAGAGGCUGAUCUCUUCGAGCUUAUGCUAGCUACGUAAAUAUUUGGAGAAGCAUAGGGUAAGAAAACGCAGUAAAAUAUCCAGAUUUCUCUGGAAAAUCCCGUUCUUGUUCUUAAAAUUUAUAGAAAAAUUCAUGUAUUCUGAUUUAUUUAUUUUUCGUUUUGUUUUGUUAUUAAUUCGGAUAGAAAAGAUUUGUAUUAUGUGAAGAUUAGGAUUAGUUGGAUUUAUGAGUAAAUAUUUAUGUAACAACUUAGAAAAUGUGAGUCCCUCUUUUGGAGAUGCUACAUUAACAAGCAUGGAGGACCUUGGAGGUAUAUGAGAUGGAAUUUUUCUUUGUA